AAAAUUAUCAUUUUAAAUUUUGAGGAAAACAUAAUAUUCACAUACUUCAAGUAAUAGUAGAGGAUAAUAUGUGUGGGUAGAGUAGAUAAUAGACAUCCUGUAUGAUAAUAACCACAGCAAGCAAACAGAUAAUACAUGAUGGUCUUCAGUUCCUCUCGGUCCAACUGGGUGGGCCGAGAUCUCAUUUGUGACAAAAAUAAAUUUUAAUUAAUUUUAUAAUGAACUACAGAUUGUUACUCUGUAUUUUUUUGACCUUGAGUCAAAGUAGAACUCAAAUAAUUGAUCUUGGAGGAAUUUGGGAAGUACAGUGUCCACGCGAAUGUUCUUGUGAAUUUCUUCGAUAUGCUGACUUACCUCUGCAUCAAUGGAUCAAUACAACUUCUGAACCAGAAAAAUGAUUCUAGAUAGAAGAUCAUCCAUUGGCAAAUGAACUUUUACGAGUAGCAAUAUGUAUUAUCACAGGAGAUCCAAAAGAACUAUUGUCUCAGCUUCCAGAAGAUGUACAGAUAUUUACACUUUUGGAAUCUGGUUCUGGUGAUAAAGAAAUAAUUUUGCAAUCAGCUGACCUGCAGCGUUUUACUGAUUUGAUAUCAUUGGAUAUACAAGGAAUGGAAAGAGAUCCUUUGAAAACUAAUAAUAUUUCAGGAAAUGAUAAAACAGGAAUUGUUUUAUCAGCUGAUACACUUGUUCCACUGGGAACAACUUUGCUCUAUUUAAAUCUUGAACAUGUAACUUUGACUCGUUUGAGCACAACAGAUAAAAGCAAAGCAAAUCUAAUCAUUAAGCGGAUGAAUCCUUUAGAGGAUGAACUUGAUGUAACAUAUAUAAAUCAGACAGGACAUAGAUUAAUUUUCUUAAGUCAACAGUUUAGUGAGAGUACAAAUGAUAAAGAAAUACUUCCAUAUGACUUAUACAAGCAAGAGAUGGAAGGUUAUCAAGAAUCUAUUGGUCUUUUUACUGGAUUAAGUGCAUUGACACAUCUUAAAAUUCAUAAUUGUGCUUUGAAAGACAUAUCUUGGCAUAUGUUUGAUAAAUUAGAAAAUUUACAAUUCCUUUCAUUGCAGAGAAAUGAUUUGAAGUUUAUACCAGAAUUUUGUUUUUAUGGUACUCCUAAUUUGCGAAUUUUAUCUUUAGCUAAUAACCAGUUACUUACUAUGACUAGUGUAGAUUUGGCUGGUUUAUUGGUACUUGAAAAACUUGAUUUGAGUGGUAACAAUUUAACUUUCUUAUCAGAACUUUCAUUUCCACCAUUUCCUGCGCUAUUGAGCGCUGAUUUUCGUGAUAAUCCUUUGGAUUCAAUCUUUGCAAAUACCUUUGAAGUCAUGAAUAGAACUACUAAGCUAGAAUUAGGAGGUAAUGAAGCAAAACUUAAGCUAGGAAAACAUGCAUUUUUGGGAUUAAAAGAUCUAGAAGUCUUGUACCUGUACAACAUUGAGAUAUCAGUUUUAGAAAGAUUUAUUCUUCAAGGAAUGCCAUCAUUGCUAGAAUUAAAAAUAAAAGGAAAUGUUGCUGCUAUUGAAUAUGAUGCAUUUGUGGAUAACAGUAACAUUGUUGAUUUGGACUUAAGCCAUUGCCAUUUAUCAAAAAUAUCAAUGGAUGCAUUUUAUGGAUUAGAGAAUGUUAAAAAAAUUGAUUUAUCUUAUAAUGAUUUGGAGUUCAUUCCUCCAGGAUUAUUUUCUAUAUCACAGCAGAAAAAACUUAAAGAAAUAUUUUUAAUUAAGAAUAAGUUGUUAAAAUUACCACCAGAUUUUUUCAAAAGCUUACGUAUGUCCAAUAAACAAUUUCAAAUCCAAAAUAUAAGAUUGGAUGGUAAUCCUUGGGACUGUAAUUGUGAAAUGACCUCAUGGAAUCCUCAUAUGGUAAACAGAACAAGAGAAACUGCUCCUAGAUGUUUUACGCCAAAGUCCCUGAGAAAUUGGGGUGUCUUUUAUGCUCUUCGUAAAGGUGGAUUAGAUUGUCAUUGGCCAAAACGCAGACUUAGGAGGAAACAUUCAAAAAUUCAAAAAAGUUAUGUAAAUGACGUGAAUAUUUAAAUAAAAGCAUUUUGAACUAGAUUUCAUUAUAACAAUAUUACCUAAUAAGUUGUUAUAUCAUACCUGGUGGGUAAAAUUUAAUAAAAAUAUAUAAU